AUGUGGACGUCCGUUUUGAGCAACUCCCAAGGCAUAAAUACUGUACUACAUAUUUUACCACCGUCUCAUCGUACGGCAGUUCGAAUGGACGAUUUUCAAGUAUUUCAAGACAUGAUUGAUCUUGCUGGACCAGCCUAUUUUUUCGACAUUCCACAAGUGAAUAAAGUGCGACUUUAUUCAUUAUUAGAAUUUUAUUCCAAAUGGAAAACGAUUGGCUAUGGAAAACUAUACAAUGAUUUUUGUAUUUAUGGUCAAUCACUUUUUAAUUUAGAAAUGGACAACGUUCCAUCGUUUCAAUUACUGUUUUGGCCAUCUGAUAUGCAACCGUUUCUUGAUCGUCUAAAACAGAAUCGUCCGCAUUUGUACGAUAAAAUCCAGCAUAACUGUUCAAUGCAUUUGAUACCAAAAUGGUCGGAAAAAACGCCAGAAAUCGAUCAAGAUGUCGAAUUUCGUUAUUCCUAUUCGUCAAUUGAAAUCUUUUUGGCCAAACAACGUACACCAAAUGAAAGAAUAUUAACGGGUGUUGCAAGAUCAAUUUAUUACGCUUAUUUAAAGUUGGUUCCAUCACUGGAGGAUCCAACGAAAGCAAUUCAAAGCUGCCGUCUUACUUGUAAAGACAACUGUACUUUGGAUGUGCGAAUCGAUGGAUCUGAAUGA